AUGGACAUGAUACCACCACAAUGUAAUCAUCUGAUAUCUGCUGAAUUAACAAGGAAACCAGAAUACAAGGAAGAUAAAAAUGAAGAUGAACAGACAGUUGCAGAAAUCAUGAGAAGGCGUUUUUCUCCUGCUGUUGUAACUAACAGACCCUGGGAAUGUUUUCACUUUGCUGGCCAUGAGAUAAAAAUUACAGAAGCCACUGAAUGUUAUGGGGCAGUAGUCUGGCCAUCGGCUCUUGUUCUAUGUCACUUUUUGGAAACAAAUGCUAAACAAUACAGCCUGGUUGAUAAAAGUGUAAUUGAAAUUGGAGCUGGAACAGGGCUGGUCUCCAUAGUAGCCACUUUACUUGGUGCACAUGUGACUGCCACAGAUCUGCCUGAAGUACUAGGAAACCUUCAGUACAAUAUUCUCAAAAAUACCAAAAUGAAAUGUAAGCAUCAGCCCCAGGUUAAAGAACUCUCCUGGGGAGUUGAUUUAGAGAAGAACUUUCCCAAGUCUUUGUGUCAGUUUGACUACAUCAUGGCUGCUGAUGUUGUGUACUACCAUCCCUUCCUGGAGGAGCUGCUGCUUACCUUCCAUCACUUGUGUCAGGACAACACUGUUAUUCUCUGGGCCAUGAGAUUCAGGCUGGACACACACAACCAAUUUAUGAGCAGAUUUCAGGAAUUGUUUGACCUGGAGGUAAUUUCCAAUUUCCCCAGUUUAAACAUAACAUUGUAUAAGGCAAUGAGACGAGGCAAGAAGAUGAUGUGAUUUCCAACUUGAGUAUUAGAGUGUGUGUGUGGGGGGGGGGCGUUUGAGUUUCUUCACAGGUUCCAU